AGCGAUAGUUUGUUGGGAAAUUUGCGCAUCCCCAGAAGCACCCAGAGUGGAAAAUCAAGACAAGGAAGACAGGGCCGGUGGUUUUUGGAACGGAGAUUUCCAUGUGUCUUUGAAUUGUGUGAAGCCGAAAUCAACUGCACACCAAUACGUGCACGAGUGUGUGCUUGUGUCUGUUAAGAGAAAGUGAAUUAAGAUCCAGCGGUCGGCUCUAACGGUCAGUCGAUAGUGGACGAUUGUGUCGGCAGCAGCUCGCAGUGAGAGUAGGAAAAGUUCGACCAACAUUCGACUCAAGUUCAGGUUUUCUUAGCCUGCGUAAAGUGGUUUUAACUCCGUACGAAAAGCUCAACAACAACUGCACUAGCCAUGGAUGAUCUCACCCCAGAGCAGAUUGCGAUCCUGCAGAAGGCGUUCAACAGCUUCGAUCGCGAGAAGACGGGCAGCAUCUCGUCCGACAUGGUGGCGGAAAUCCUGCGACUGAUGGGUCAACCCUUCAACAGCAAGAUUCUCGAGGAGAUGAUCGAGGAGGUUGACGAGGACAAGUCUGGACAGAUUGAGUUCGCCGAGUUCGUGACCCUUGCCGCCAAGUUCAUCGUGGAGGAGGACGAGGAGGCGCUGCAGAAGGAGCUCCGGGAAGCGUUCCGUCUGUACGAUAAGGAGGGCAACGGGUUCAUUCCGACCACCUGUCUGCGGGAGAUCUUGCGCGAGCUGGACGAUCAGCUUACGGACGAGGAUCUGGACAUGAUGAUCGAGGAGAUCGAUUCGGACGGUUCCGGUACGGUUGAUUUUGACGAGUUUAUGGAGAUGAUGACCGGCUAGAUCGGCGCUGAUCGUUACGCACCUGCAUCAACUAUUUAUUUGAAUAUCUUCCUAUCCUCAUCCUCCUACGCCCAAACCCUUCGCUUCCUAGCUCCGGAGCAACCGAUAUCUUCGCCUCGGUUUCAUUAUUCAUUCAUGUUAACUGUAUUUAGUUUGUCGGUGAUACACGUUUUGCAAAUGGGUAGCAAGUUCUUAAAUUAAGAAUGGAGUCUUGGUACUGUACACCACUGGAACUGAUUUUGCUACGGUCACUGUCAUCGCUACCGCGCUGAGACGUAUGAGAAAAGUUAUGAAAGUAUUUUGAGCGUUUGUUUCUUCUUCGUUUUUUUGUUUUGCAAAGCCAAAUUACCGAACAAACACCGGUUCUGUGUUCCCAAAAACGCAUUCAACUGAGAGGCAGUACUGUAGACUGGUUCAUUCUUUCCACUACACCGCAGUUUGUCGAACAGCUGACACUGAUUUGAUAUAUCUUUGUUGACGUUUUUUCAUUCUUUCUGUACUGUAUUAUUAAUAUUUAAUAAAGCUACAAGUUUAAUAAAGUUUCGCUGUGUACAUAUACUGUGAAGCAGGAA